GAAAACUAAAUCGGAUAGCAAAGAGAUCUUCUCGUGUCCUACUUAAAAACAUGGGUCUUAUAUUCUCCCUAUUAAUUCUGUAUACCGAGCCAAUCUGUCUUAUGCAAUUAAAGCUAGCUCCCCUUUUUUAUUAAUGAACAAUGCAGACAGAAGUAAAGAUGAUUGCAUCUUCUAUAUAUAUAUAUAUAAAACCACGCCAUGUCCUUUGAAAAUUCAAGUUUACUUUUGUGUUUGUGCCUUCUUUAAGGUGGAUUUCAUUUUAUUUAUUGACAGCUUCUAGCUGUCUUCUACUCAGUGAGAUCAGAGAAUUUAUGGUUAUUUUACACUUCCAAGGGGUGUGGUGAGAGUUAUAUCCUGGCUAUUAAAUAGACUCUGCUUUCGUGUAGCUUUAAUAGUGUUAGAUAGUUGUAUAUAUCUGUUCUUUGUGUUGAAAGCUGUUUCACUCAGAGAUUACAAAACGCAUUAGUGGUUUUUUCAGGUAACUGAGAAAAAAAAGUUUCAGUAGUUUGCAGCUUAUUAAAUUCCACUUCUACUUUAUUUGGGUGUUAUCCCCCACUUUCUAGAUCUUCUUCUUGCUUGCUACUAUAGCAAUGGAGUCUUCCCAAGUUUUUGGAGCUGCAGAAGAAUGUAACAGCAGUGAAUCUGGGUGGACAAUGUAUAUUGGCUCCCCCAUAUAUGGUGAUGAUGAUGAUGGAAGUGGUGAUAACGGGGAUAGUGAUGAUGAAAAUGAUGGGGAUGGCGAUGAUGAUGAUGAUGAUGAUAACAAUGAUGCUAAUCACGAUGAUGAUAGUGAUGAUUCAAUGGCUUCUGAUGCUUCUUCUGGCCCAAGUCAUCAAGGACAUCCAUGUGGGAGCGGAAAGGGUGGACAUGGCUUGGCUGCUUUCAAGCAAGAGGACGAGGAAAAUUAUCACAACUAUCGCUUGGACAAGAAAGCCAACGAACAACAACAAAAGGAGAAACAGAUCAGAGCCCAAAAGAUGAAGGAAGAAAAGGAAGAGAAGCUGCUGAGGGCAAAAAAAGCUAAUGCUUCAGCUCAGAGUACUGGUGCAAAGGUAAGAAAAAAAUUCUGGAUGUGAGAAAGGACAUGAAUGCUUUCUCGACUUCUUGAGCUUGUGUUUGUAGGUCAUGAGUAGCAUGAGCUGAAAAGUAUAAUCAAAUUCAGCUACAAGUAGGAUCACCAUGUUUCUAUUUUUAAAGCUUGUUUUAGUACUAAGAAAUAAUCGAGGACUACUAAAAUGCUUGUCGGAUAGACAACAUGAGCAUGAAUGGAUGUGUGCAAGUAUAAUUCUUGUGAAUGUCUUAAUAUGGGUUUGAUACCUAGCUAUAUGCACCAUAUACACGUGUGGGCUAAACGACACCAUGAUGCAGCACGCACUUUGUUCUUAUUUCAUGUGCUGAAACUGUAGACAAACAGAAGAGCUUCAACCUGUCAAUAUGCAUGCCAAUACAUAUUC